AUGCCUGACCUCACGUCGGUCCAGCCGCUUCCGUCGUCGCCUGCGAAACCCCGCCGAAGCAACAACCCAACCACCACCGCUACAUCCAGUAUUAGCAAGGUUGCACCGUCGUCGCCCUAUGGCAUCACGCUCGAGGAGAUCCGGAAGCUCAACCAGGACCAAAUGACUGAGGCCAACCUCGAGGAACUCACGCGGAUAGGAGGCGUAGCGGCCUUGGCGACCCUUUUGUGUGUGAAUCUGGAGCAUGGUUUGCCUCGCAGCGAGAUCGACACGAACUUCAUGGUGCGGCGCGAAUUGUUCGGCCGGAACGUCUGUGCAGAUGCGCCAAUGAAAGGACUGUUUCGACUUUUCGUUGAAAGUUUUCAAGACACUACACUGAUCAUCUUGAUCAUCGCUGCUAUUGCGUCCAUGGUUACGGGCUACAUGGAGCACCCGGAGACAGGUUGGAGUGAGGGGGUCGCAAUUCUAUCCGGUGUUACACUGGUGGCUGUCGUGACUUCGAUCAACAACUACACCAAGGAAAAGCAGUUCCGUGCUCUGAGUGCCAAGAAUGACGACGUGCUGGUGAAAGUACUGCGGGACGGCAAACCGGACCAGGUUCCAGUUGGAGAAAUAUCGGUGGGCGAUGUGAUCAUUCUUGAAACAGGCGAUAAAGUACCGGCCGACGCUGUGCUAAUACACGGCAGCGACCUCAAGUGCAACGAGUCCAGUCUUACCGGAGAGCCUGAUGAUGUGAGUAAGGUCCCUACGAAAGACCCUUUCUUGCUAUCUAGCUGUCUCGUAGCAAGUGGUCGCGGCGAGUGCCUUGUAAUCGCUGUUGGUGCUGAGAGUCGCUGGGGGAAGAUCAAGUCCAAGCUCGUUCGGGAGCAGAAGGCUACGCCUCUGAUGGAGAAGCUGGAAGAAAUGGCCAAGCAGAUCGGCUAUGUUGGAAUGGCGUUCUCUAUUGCUACAAUCGUAGCGAUGAUCAUCAUCUACUCCACGUCCGCUGAGAAGAAGCUGGAAUACUCGUGGCCGUCGUACAUUUUGCACACCUUUUUGAUCGGUGUCACGAUCAUUGUGGUCGCAAUUCCGGAAGGUCUGCCGCUCGCAGUGACGAUCUCGCUUUCUUACUCCACCAAGAAGAUGCUGCGGGAUAAUAACCUCAUCCGGGUGCUGGCGGCUUGUGAAACCAUGGGAAAUGUCACCAGCAUUUGCUCCGAUAAGACGGGAACACUGACGGAAAAUAAAAUGACCGUUGUGCAAGGAUGGGUGCUGGGCAAGUUUUACAAGGACGAGUUCACAGACGCGACCCGGACGCAAUUCCCUGUUGACGCUAAAGCGCUCGAAGAACUUGCAGCCAACAUUGCUGUGAAUACAAGCGCGUUUCUCAAGGAUGUCAACGGUGUAGCCCAAGUGCAAGGAAACAAGACCGAAGGCGCAGUGCUUGUAUGGAUGAACAAGCUCAACUUCCCCAUUAUGGACAUCCGCCGAGAAAAGUUCCAAGUUGCACGGGGUGACAGACUAUUCCCGUUUUCGUCAGAAAAGAAGUCUAUGGCUGCAAUUGUCCGGCGUGGAGACGGAAGCUACCGCCUAUACUCGAAGGGAGCGGCCGAGGUCAUUUUGACGCGAGCAACCAAGUUUAUCGACAUCGAUGGCAACGAGCAGGAGUUGACCGCGAAAAAGCGUGACGAAUUAAACCGUAUCAUCAGGCAAAUGGCCGAGUCCGCACUUCGCACGAUUUGCAUUGGCCAUCGAGACUUCGCAAGUGGAGAGUUGCCGAACGACUUGCAAUCGCUCCCAGAAGCACCAGACCAGGACUUAGUCGUCAAUGCCAUUUUCGGCAUUCAAGACCCGCUUCGCCCGGAUGUGACCGAUGCCAUCAGAGAUUGCAAGCGAGCUGGUAUUAUGGUACGCAUGGUCACCGGCGACAAUAUUCACACAGCAUCAGCAAUUGCUAAGCAGUGCGGGAUUAUGACCGAAGACGGCGUCGCGCUUGAGGGUCCUGUAUUCCGAGCAAUGAGCGUUGAAGAGGUGAGCAAGCUUAUCCCCCGGCUUCAAGUGCUAGCACGAUCGUCUCCAGACGACAAAUUUCGCCUCGUCAACUUGCUGAAAGACCGAUCGGAAGUUGUGGGCGUGACUGGUGACGGAACGAACGACGCACCGGCGCUACGUACGGCUGACGUUGGUAUGGCAAUGGGAAUUACUGGCACUGACCUCGCCAAAGAGGCAUCCGACAUCAUCAUCAUGGACGACAAGUUUUCAUCGAUUCGGAAAGCCGUUCUGUGGGGCCGGUGUGUAUACGACAACAUUCGCAAGUUCUUGCAAUUCCAGCUCACUGUCAAUAUUGUGGCAUUGGUCGUCACGUUUGUCAGUGCCGUAACUGGAAAGGAACCACCGCUAAACUCGGUUAUGAUGCUCUGGAUUAACCUCAUCAUGGAUACUAUGGGAGCGUUAGCACUUGGUACGGAGGCUCCCACCGAAGCGCUACUUGAUCGACGUCCGUACAAGAAAACUGCGAAGCUCUUGGGAAGGUGUAUGGUGAAGAAUAUCGUCGUUCAAUCUAUUUUCCAGCUACUACUCGUCUUCUUGCUGCUCAUCUACGGCGCGGAAAAGUUUGGCUAUCAUGAUGGGAACGAAUGCGUCAAAUGGGACUACACGGUAAAAUCUAGCUUCCCGACUCUCAGCAAGGAUACUUGUGUUACUGCAAGGGGUGGAAGUUGCUGGAGCUUGUCCUGUGACGAUUAUGCCAGCAAUUCGUCAGUCCUCGAUUAUCCCACCGACUGCCUAGACGAGGACUGCACAGGCUACGACUACCGACAUUACACCAUCAUCUUCAACACAUUCGUUUUCUCUCAGCUAUUCAACGAGUUCAACGCGCGUCGGACGAAUAACGACUGGCAUGUCUUCAAAGGUAUAGUGGGUAACCCGCUUUUCAUCAUGAUCAUCGUGAUCACGCUUUUCGUUCAAGUGCUACUUGCCGAGUUCGGCGGCGAUUUUACAAAAACGAGUGGGAUCUCGUUCACGCACUGGCUUGUCUGUUUCGGCUUAGGAGCUCUCUCACUUCCUGUUGGUGUAUUGAUGCGCUUCAUCCCCCUGACAGAUUCUCCUGAUGCGUUUGCGAAUCCAAACGGAAUUUCGCAAAGAUAA